AUGGCGUCCAAACUACUUGGUAUCCGCAUGGCACAAGUCAUUGGUAUAUCGGGCGCCGCAUGGCUAUCUGGGAACAUUGCGGCGUUAAGCACAAUUGCCAUACCUGCAGCUGUCCAAUGCCAAAAAGAAGACCACAAAUCCUCAAGCCUGCUAGCAAAGCAAUGGAAAGCCCUUUUUGAGAACGGAAAAGCGAAAAAUCCUCCCAUUGCAGCGGCAGUUGCCUCUUCUUUGGUAUACUUGGCGUGGACUGUCCGCCAGGGAAGUCCUUUACACAAGACGGCAGUGAAUAGUCGCAGCGGUCUCUACCUCGCAGCGGCUAUGCUUACUGUCAGCAUUGUCCCAUACACAAUCAUAUUUAUGUCGAGGACAAACAAUGCGCUUCUGGAGAAGGCUGAUUCAACAUCUGAUAGCGACAAAGAUGUUCCAGAGCUGGUCAAGCGAUGGAAUACCCUAAAUAUGGGCCGAUCUAUAUUUCCUCUGGGUGGUGCUGUUUUUGCGGUUGUCGCAACACUUUUGUAA